AUGUUAUUUAUCGUUCUUCUGAGCUUUUCUGCGCUGGUGAGCGCGUGUGGGCUUGCAGGACGCCAUGUGCUGGGACCACGGGACGCGUCAUCACUGCUCGCGAGCAGGGCAAGAACCGGAGACCCGCUGCAGUCUCUCCGCAUCCUGAACCCAUAUCCUGGUAUCUUCGCCUACUAUGAUGGACGGACGGGAGAACGCUUCCACUCAGAUCAGCCAAAUUGGUUGGAUGAUGGGGCGUUCACGUUGGGAGUAUCGACGUACUCCAUCAUUGAUGGCAAUGAGGCCAUCAUCUUUGACGCACACAUCACUCCCGAUCAUGCUGGCGCGGUCAUGCGUCACGUCCAGAGCCAGGGGGUAACCAAAAUGUCUGUUGUGAUAAGCCAUUUUCACAACGACCACAUUGCGGGAACAAACGUGUUCGCUCAGGGAGGGGCGACCAUUGUAGGCAACGAGAAGACGAAGCGCACUGUCGAUCGCAACUCGCAGCGUCUAGCAACUGACGAUCCACCCAUCACGGCCGUAUCACCUACGGAUCUGUACACCGACAAGAAGGAGCUGAAGGUUGGGAAUCUGACGGUUGAGCUUCACAACUUCCAAGUUCACACUCCAGAUGGAACGGUUCUAUACAUUCCAUCGAAGCAACUGCUGUUCGCUGGCGAUACUCUAGAAGAUACAGCGACAUUCAUCGCCCAACCCCGAGACCUACCAACUCAUCAGAAAGAGCUCCAGCGAAUGGCUGGCUUCCAGAUAUCAAAGAUUCUUCCAGCUCAUGGAGAACCGAACCGAAUCGCUGCAGGUGGCUACAACUCGACUUUCAUCAACGCAACGUUGCGAUACAUCGGUGUCAUGACUGAAGACGUGCCACAGCCGGCAGCCUGGACUAUGCCUCUGUCGCAAGUUGUAGCUGACGAUGUUGCCAAGGGAGAUCUGAUCUACUUCGCUCAGUACGAAGAGGUUCACAAGAGCAAUGCACAAUCAAUUCAGGAGUCUCGGCAAGGUCGCUAA